AUGAUCUUACUAAAAAUCCUAUUCUUGUCGCUCUUGGUGCCUGAUGUGCUCGCAAAAUGCACAAUAUGUUCUGUUUUCGCUGACUAUUAUGAGGACAUUGAAGCGCAGGAAAGGUCGAAUCCCAAAGAUUCCAGCGAGUCUCUAAAAGCUCGUGUGCGGUCGUACGAUGCUACAGAAGCAGCACUGCUCGGAUCCUUAGGACGCUUCACUGACCUGGUUUCAUCUAGUGACAUCCCCGACCAAUUGAAUGGGAGAGUCAGGACUACCGUACUUACUCCCAAAAAAAUUAGCGACCCAAGACAUGUCGUCACUGACCAGUUGUUCAAUAUUUUCGACACCAUUGGCAGUGGCAUCAUGCAAGUGUCGCGGCUGGAAGGGCCUCAUAUUUGCAUACGGGAAAGUACAAAGAAAAGUCCAGCGGAUGGGGAAAUGAUGAAAUCGGAAAAGAUUUGCCAACGAUUUCGGAAUGCGAGAAAGUGUGUCGAUAGCAAGACGGAAUCAAAGAUGACCACCGAAACAACGCGAGUAGAAGAAUGCUGUGAAGGAUAUGAUACAAGGGACAUCUUUAGGUAUGGAUGCCCACUAGAAGUGGAAUCUCUCCCAAUGGAAGAGGUUCUUACUCAACUCAAUUCGUCGCUGUGGUCUCUGGCUAAGGAGGCUAAAGUAUCAGACAAAUUGAAGAGUGACGACAUUACAGUCAUUAUUAGCCCCGACAAUGAAGACAAGUAUGACGACCCGAAGUCAUACGUACUGAACCGUAUAGUUCCACGAAAAUACCGCAGCUAUGAAUGGGUAAAUGGAGACGUGCUGAGGACUGCUGCUGGAGGCGAACUGCUGGUUUCUCAGACAGAAGAUGCGUUUGGUUCCAUUGUAAGUGACUAUUCAAUUAUGACCCUUUUCAAGCUCGUUUGUGACCGUGCAUCCCUUUACUCGUUUGACGCAGGGUUUUCAGUUUAG